GAAAAUGGCGGAAACAAGGCAAGCGAGCGAGAGGAAAAGGACAAGAAAGCGGAUGAGAGAGGGAGACGGAGGCGCAUCAACACAGCAGGAUUUCCACCUCGCCCAAUUUUUAUUUAUUAGCCGCUACUCGACAAGCCAGAGCGUCGGCUUUUCGCCUUCUUAAACCCUCUUACCUACGCGCUGUCGUCUCACACUCCACUUUCGGCUCUUGCCUCUUCUGCCGCCAUCUCGUCACACUUCCUUCUUCUCCAUGGGGGACGAAGUUUCAGGUUCGCCCCCAGUUCCGAUUUACUCGUCGGCCACCGAGGUUUUGGACAAGCUGAAGGAGAAAUGGAGCGCUGUGAAAAAGCAACCUUACCCGGCCAUGUAUUCCAGCGUGGUCGGUGGGAUAAUUCUUGAUCCAGCGAUGAUGGUUAUCCCCAUGGACGAUCACAUGGUACACAGAGGGCAUGGUGUCUUCGAUACAGCCACGCUUAUGGACGGGUACCUGUAUGAGCUUGGCACUCAUUUGGACAGAUUCUUAAGAUCAGCAUCAAAAGCAAAGAUCAAAUCACCCUUUCCUCGUGAAAUUUUGCAUAAUAUUCUUGUCCAAAUGACGGCGGCAUCAAAAUGUAAAAAGGGAUCAAUUCGAUACUGGCUCAGUGCUGGUCCUGGUAAUUUCUUGUUAUCGCCGGCUGCCUGCCCAGAAGCUGCCUUCUAUGCUGUAGUAAUUGACGAUGACUUUUCUCAGUGCAAGGGAGGUGUCAAAGUCAUUACAUCCACCGUGCCAAUGAAACCUUCUUUAUUUGCUACCGUGAAGAAUGUGAAUUAUCUCCCAAACGUUCUCUCAGUAAUGGAGGCAGAGGAGAAGGGUGCCUGGUCUGCAAUUUGGGUCGAUGAGCAAGGCUACGUAGCAGAGGGCCCUAAUGUUAAUGUUGCAUUCAUAACCAAAAACAAGGAAUUACUGCUUCCAUCGUUUGACAAGAUUCUUAGUGGCUGCACUGCUAAGAGGCUUCUGGCACUAGCUCCCCAAUUGGUAGAGAAAGGUCUUCUAAUAAGUGUUAGCAUUGUUGAUAUAACAGUUGAUAGCGCGAAAGAUUCAGCUGAGAUGAUGUUUGUUGGAAGUUGCCUGCCUAUAUUACCUAUCGUCGAAUGGGAUGAUCGUCCAAUUGGAGAUGGAAAAGUCGGUGAACUCACGCUUGCUCUCUCUGAUCUGCUCUGGGAGGAUAUGCUUGGUGGUCCAGAAAGGAUUCAAGUUCCUUAUUAGUAAAAGGUAUUUGCAUAGCCGAUAUGCAUGUCCUGGUAGUUGGAAUAAUCAAAAAUUGUUCUCCUUGAUUUGUAAGAAACUUUCUGCAGUAUCUAUCUUCUAGUGUUUGUUUAUCCCUAUCCCAGAUGGAUAUUGCAAACCAUCUAGGAACAAGAAUGCAAUAGUGUGGAACAACUUUUGGCUUCAGUGGCUUUCUGAUAUAACAAUCACUUGUCUUGCAUA